AUGGUGAAGGCGGAACCGAGGACCUGGCCGCCCAUGAGGACGGCGAGGACGUGGGUGCGGGUCAGGGUGGCGAGCAGCAUCAUGCCGAAGCCGACGCCCUGGAUGUUGUCGAGCAGGCCCAGCCACAGCCAUAGGCAGCGCGAGAUGACGGCGCCGGCCACGGGGUUGCCGAUCCAGGGCAGGUACAUGCCCAUGCCCGACACGCCCCACAGCAUCUGGGCCCAGCGCGGCGCGGCGAGCCCGAUGGCCAGCAUGGGGAGCAGCCACGUGUGCUCGUCGGCCAGGCGGCUGAGCGCGUACAGGAUCACGGACCAGAGGCCCAGCAGGAAGAAGAUGGCCAGCAGCACCACGCCCCAGCCCGGGAUGAACUGCGACGAGAAGAGGAAGGCCCAGUUGCUUUUGGAUGAUGACCAUGGCGAAGAAGCAAGGCACGAUCUUGCGGCGGGCCAGCGAGAUGUAAAACCCGGGGAUGGUGUCGGGGGACUGCCGGUAGAAGUCGGGCAGGCCGAGGUAGACGACGAUGCCGAUGGCCCAGAGGAUGAAGCAGAUGGGGAUGCAGAUGACGACGGCGCGGGGCACCGACGUGGCCCCGAUGAAGCCGGCCACCGAGUACGAGCCGUUGGCGACCAGGGUGCCCCAGUACCAGAGGCCGAGCGAGUAGACCUGCGCGAAGCCCGUGACCACGAGGGCGCGCGUCACCCACUGCCGGGUCGGGGCGCCGCCCUCGUCGCCAAAGUUGAGCGCGAACGCGAUGGCGCCGUGGCUGGCCCCGGCCGCGUAAAAGGCCGUCGCGGCGUCCUGCAGCGGGCCCCUGACCUUCCACUCGGCGAUGAAGGGCGCCACGCCCAGGCAGAGGAAGGCCAGCCCGAAGAAGAACCAGGGAAUCGAGAGCGCGUACACGCUCUUGAAGUAGCGCGACAUGAAGAACCAGAUGAGCGACGUCGCGCAGACGAUCUGGUACGAGUUGAUGGAGAUGAUCUGGCCGAAGACGAGGAAGAAGGAGUAGAUGGGCCAGUCGCCGAUGCGGCGGGAGAGGAACCUAGAGGAGGUGGAAUGACCCGUCGGCGCCUUGUAUCCAUCCCCAAGCAAAAACUCAUCGUCCGUCCAGGGCGACGUCUGGCUCUCGUCAGAGUUGUCGACAAUGUGCAGACCACUCCUGGACGCGCUCCGGUGACGGGCCCUGCCACGACUGACGACGCUCGUGUUGCGGCUGUCGCCACCCCUCGACUGCGGGCGGCUUCCGCUCGGCGAACCGGGGCGCGAGCGGCUCGAGUCGCGCGUGAUGCCCAGCUUGGCGUUGCGGUACCUGGCGAACCACUCCUUCUCGCUCUUCUUGAGGAAGGUCUCGAUGCACAUGUCGGUGGUGGAGUUCUUAGCCGUCAGGUUCUCGUCCAGCAUGGCGCUGAACUCGUAGUAGAACUCCUCGUUGCUGUCGGUGAAGUUCUGGUCCACUUUUUGCAGCUUGAAGUCGUGCCGCUCGCCCACCACGUCCUUGAGCGACAGCAUCGAGCUGUUGCGCGACUGCUGGUAGAAGCUUCGCGGCGGCGGCGUCGGCAUCCCCAGCAUGUCGCCCUCUGCACCCUCGGACUGCGCCCGGAAUCCCGUGCUGUCCGUCGUCAUGACCGAGAUGGUCGAGUCGCGGUUGCUGCUGGGGAGGUCCGUCCAGGGGAACCGCGGCGCGCUCAGCCGCGGCGUGUCGUCGGGCGCGCCGUAGGGGGACGCGAGGCCGGGGCUCAUGGGCGACGGGCCUAUCAGCGACCUCGUCUUGGCCGCGUCGGCGCCGGGAGAGGGCGGCCCGGCCGAGCUGCCGGGGAUGGGCGACAGCGGGCUGGCGUUGCCCAUGAGGCGGGUGUUGGGAGUCGGGCUCGGGGCCGACGGGCUCAGCGGGAAGAGGCUGCUGCCGGUGCGGCCUCCCGACUUCUUCCGGGCCGCCUCCUUGUUGUGGAUGCGGAUGGACUGGUCGUAGAGCGCGUCGAUCUGCAUGCGCCACUGCGCGACGGGGAAGCGCUGCUUGGCCGACCACGCCCGCAUCUGCGCGCGCUUCUUGGUCUUGCACUUGAGGGCCGACGUGAUGGCGUGCUCGAACUGGUACAGCAGAUGCUGGGGGCUGGUCGACUCGACCGUGUACCAGAAACCGGGCAUCUGACCCAGACCACCGACCCUGGCGCCGACGCCGAGGGCGCCCUUCCUGCCGAACUCGACGGCCACCAGGCCAAAGGGCUCGUCGCGCGACGGGAUCAGGGCGAACUCGGCACCGGAGAAGAUGUAAGGCGGCAGCGAGGUGAACUCGGGCUUGCUGAAGACGCGGCCGGGGUACUUUUGCAUCAGCUUCUCCAGCUUGAGCGCGGCGAACUUGCCGUACAGGUCGAUGACGGGACCGACGGCGAUGAGCUGCGUCUUGGGGUACCUCUCCAGCACGCUGGGGAAGAUGUCGGCGAUCAGGUCCACGCCCUUCUGCAGCGACCAGCGGCCGACAAACACAAACAGGUCCGCGUCCGGGUCGACGUGGAGCCCGGCCCACUCCUGAGCCUGCCGCCUGAGGUCGCCGCGCUUGGCCUCGGCCUCCUCGUCGAUCUCGAUGUCCUCGGGCUGCUGCUGCUGCUGCUCCGCCUCCUGCGACGGGUCCCAGUCGUCCCUGUCGGACGGGUCCGGGUUGGGCAGCUGCCCGAUGUUCUUGAGACUCCAGAAGAUGGGGUAGCGGGCCAGCGAGCGGUCGCCGUACUUCUUGGACACGCCGACGGCGCCGAAGCCGCGCUGGUGCAGACGGAGGUAGCUGGCGCCCGCGUGCAGCAGGUUGAAGACGGCGCCGUACUGGACGUACUGCGUCACGAUCUCGGGCGGGAGCCCAAACACCUCGCACACCUCCUUGCUCUCCUCGGGCGUCCGCAUGGGCCAGAGACCCUGGAACUCGGCGUUGUGCAGCGAGAGGCAGACGGGGAUGGUCUGCGGGAGCAGGUACAGCGGCGCUGCCGCCCCGUGGUAGUCGUUGAUGUGGUAGAUGUCCGGGCUGAAGCGGCGGAUGGCCUCGGCGAUGCAGCUGUUCCAGGCCGCGUAGAGGAUGCCGCUCUCGAUAUCGUCCAUGCGCGCGAUGUAAGGGUCGGCCUUGGUCUGGGCCCGGAAGAUGGGCGCGUCCAGGAUCACGUACGUGAUGUUCUCGUGGUAGUGGUACUGCACCUGCACCUCGUACGACGAGCCCAUGAUGUUGACAAACAUGGACUCGGCCGGCGUGUCGACGGGGUACUCGACGUCGCCCACCACCGGCACCACCCAGAUGAGGUCGCAGUGCGGGAGCGCAGUGCUCAUGAGCUUGGCCAUGACGCCGAGACCACCGAUCUUGAUGGAGAUCUUCCAGUCGUCAAUGUUGUACUCCAUGGUCGCGAUGAGGACCUUUCUGCGCUUGCCGUCCUUGCCUGCAGCAGCCGCGGCGCCACCGGGAGCCGGCGUGAGCGAGACCAUGGGCGACGGGGUGACGGUGGCCAUCUCCAUGCCCAUGCCCUUUUCCUUCUCCUUGGACAUGAGGUUGACGCUGGACAGGUUGAGCUUGAGGGGGAAACCCUUCUUCUUGCUGAAGCCCGACUUGUUGACCUUGACCUUGUAGAAACCUGCGACGUAGAUCCAUCCCGACACGGCGGCCAUGAUGACGGACCCGGUGGCGAGCAGGAACAUGAGGAUGAUCUGGACGGCGAUGUGUCCCUGGGGAACGCGCGUGAUGGUCCAGUUGGCGUCGUUGAGCUGGAUCUUCCACGACCAGUACGGCAUCGGGGGCGGGCCGGUGAUGUUGACGACGUUGUCGGCGAGCGAGCUGGGAGGGAGACGGUCGGCAACGCCAUCGCCGUCGACGUCGCCGUAGAUGAAGCUGGCGUCGGGCUGGCCGUCCGGGUUGAUGCCCCAGAUGUUGAACUGGAACUUGGCCGGCCACUCGUAGAAGAAGUGCUUCUCCCAGACGCCGGCCCCGGCCAGGGACAUGGUGUUGAGCACACCGGCGUCGUAGCCCCACUUGUUGAAGGGCCCGUGGAGGAAGACGUGCGGCAGCCGGCGCGGCGUGCCCCAGUUCAGGUCGCCGUGCUGCAUGAUGGACGACGUGCCGAGCGGCGCGCUGUGGUACUGCACCAUGACGUGCAGGCCCUCCCACGCCUGCUUGGCCGUUCCCUGCCACGUCAUGGGCGUGAUGGCCUCGGUGUUCUCGCCCGUGUAGGGCUGCCACGCGCUCCACUUGGAGCCCCAGUUGGUGCUGUACCGCCACUUGGUCGCUCCCGGCGCCGAGUGCGUGAUGCUCAUGGCGUCCUUGGUCCCCGAGAGCAGGCUGGUGGAGUAGUUGGCGUGCUGCGGCCAGACCACCGGGUUGUUGAGCUUGCCGAACCGGAAGAGGAACACGUCGCGGGCCGCCGUCGUUGCCGACCCGCCCUUGGCCGGCGCGUUCUCCACCACGACCUUGUGGAUGCCGUCGGCCAGAGACGUGAGCUUGGCCGACCAGAAGAAGACGGACGGCACGUAGCCCACGAGAUCCCGCUUGGUCGGCUUGUCGAUGACGCCGCAGGUGACCUGGGUGAUUCUGGCCGAGCUGCCGGUUCCCUCGCCGUCCUUGCUCGUGGUCAGGAUCUUGAUGGACUUGGUGAUGGAGUCGCAGUCGGCCAUCUCGACCGAGAAUUCCAGCCGGAGAUCCAACCGCCCGUCGGCAUACGUCGAGUCGAACGAGCUGUCGUGCCUCCCCGGGUUGUCUGCCGGGCCCGGAAUGAAGCCGGUGAUCAUGGGUGCCGUCUCGACAAAGAAGCUGCUGGGCACGUACGCCCGGUACUCGUAGGGCUUCAUGGUGAUGCUGCUGAUGCAGCCGGACGAAGAACCGCCCGUGAAGCCGUUCUUGACGGCCGAGCUCUCGAGCGUGAGGGUAUCCGCCUUGUUGAACAGGUUGACGACCUUUUCUCCGCUGUCGAACGGCGCCACAAAGGCAACAUGCUGGGCCUGGGAGUUGCAGUCAAACGUAUACGUCUUCUCGACGGCCUCGUUGUGGUAGACGAGCCAGACGUACGGCUCCGACUUGUUGGCCUUUUGCGCCGGCGACAUGAGUCCUCUAGCCAUGCCCCAGAUGCCAAACUCGGAGGGCGAGGAGCUGCCGCGCAGCAGCUCGAAGCGCGUCUGGUUCGCGAGCUUCUGGACGAGCCAGCCGUGCUCCAGCGAAGGGAUCUCCUCGCGCAGGCGGAACAUGUGCUUCAUCAUGUUGCGCAGCGGCGCCGAGGGGUCGCGGUGGUCGAAGCUCACCGCCAUGUCGUUGCAACCGGUCCGGCUCUUCUCGACCGGCCAGUCCACGUACACUUCGUUGUCUUUCUUGUAGCAGGCAUGCUGCAUCCAGGCCGGCGUGGGAGAGAAUGCCUGACGACCAAACACGUAGUUCUCGGCCGUCGUGUCGAGCACGUAAAACUCCUGCUCCUCGCCGUAAAAUACCAGAGGCGCGCCUGGCAGCAGCAUCGUGAUGAUGAAGAAGCCCAGGUUCCAUCUCUCUGUGCCCUGUUUGAUUCCUGGCCAUCGGAAAACGUCCUGCAUAUCGUUCCAAAACGUCGCCCAGUCAUCAGUCGGCAGAUCGUACCCUGCCUGGAGAUUGCCCUGGAGACCCAGGAACUUGGUGAGAUAGCGGUAGACCGAGUAGUGGAAGGCGCCGCCGUCCAGUGCGCUGUGGCCCUGCUCCCUGAGGAAGUACUUCUUGUCGGUCGAUCCCUUCAGGUCGAGCGCGGUGGUCAGGUCGGGCUUCAUGUCGGGCUGGCGACCACGGCCGAGGUAGACGGAUCCCAGCACGUUGCCGGCGGUGAUCUCGCCGACCACCAGGAAGUUGUCCUUGCCCACCUCCUUGGCACACUGACGCAUGGCGGUGCUCCACUCGGCCUGCGCGUUGAGCGUCACCUGCAUGGCCUUGUCGAUACGGUAGCCGUCAAAGUCCAGCAUCUGGAUGGCCAAGCACGAAAAUACCUUGAGCCUCGCCAUGACGGACGGUUGCCACUCGCGGAGACGGUCCUGGACCGAGGCGAACUUGGCCAGCUGACGCUUCCAGUCGGGGAAGACACCAAACGCUUCGAUGUCUCCAUAUUGGUCAAAGUCGCUGUUGUAGCAGCCCUUGAGCUUUGA